CUGACCCCAGGAUUCACCUUACAAAAGUGGAGUGACCCAACCAGCAGAGCUUCUACAAAGAUGCUUGAGGAUGACCUGAAGCUGAGCAGUGAUGAAGAUGACCUUGAGCCUGUGAAGACCUUGACCACUCAGUGCACAGCCACUGAGCUCUACCAGGCUGUUGAAAAGGCAAAACCUAAGAAUAAUCCUGUAAACCCACCCUUGGCCACACUGCAGCCCCCAUCUGUAGUGCCAGCAAGUGGGGGUUCUGGCAGCUCCAGUGAGUCAGAGAGCAGCUCAGAAUCGGACUCAGAUACUGAAAGCAGUACUACUGACAGCGAAUGCAAUGAGGCUCCUCGUGUGGCCACUCCAGAGCCUGAGCCACCCUCAACCAACAAGUGGCAACUGGAUAAAUGGCUUAACAAAGUGACAUCCCAGAACAAGUCAUUCAUUUGUGGACAAAAUGAAACACCUAUGGAGACUAUUUCUCUGCCUCCCCCAAUAAUCCAACCAAUGGAAGUCCAGCUCAAAGUGAAAUCUAACCCCAGCCAAGUCCUGGCUGAACCCAAAGAAAGGCCUCUCCUGAGUCUCAUUAGAGAGAAAGCCCGCCCACGGUCCACUCAGAAAACUCCAGAAACAAAGGCUUUGAAGCAUAAGUUGUCAACAACUAUUGAUACAGCUUCUCAAAGGACAAUUGGGAAGAAACAGCCCAAAAAGGUUGAGAAAAACACCAGCAUUGAGGAGUUUACCUGGCCCAAACCAAAUAUUACCAGCAGCACUCCCAAAGAAAAAGAAAGUGUGGAGCUUUCUGAACCACCAAGAAGUCGCAACAAAGCCACUGCCCACAAACCAGUCCCUAGGAAAGAACCAAGGCCUAACAUCCCCUUGGCUACCGAGAAAAAGAAAUAUAGAGGGCCUGGCAAGAUCGUGCCAAAGUCCCGGGAAUUCAUUGAAACGGAUUCAUCUACAUCUGACUCCAACACAGACCAAGAAGAGACCCUACAGAUCAAAGUCCUGCCUCCUUGCAUUGUUCCUGGAGGUAAUACUGCCAAAUCCAAGGAUACCUCUGCUACCAGCCUGACCCUCAGCACCUUGGUCAGCAGCAACAACAACAACAACCUAUCCAUCAGUGAGGAGCCGGCUUUCUCACCCAUUCCUGUGAUGUCUCCUUUACGAGACCAUGAGAAUCUGAAAAACCUAUGGGUGAAGAUUGACCUUGAUUUACUUUCUAGAGUGCCUGGCCACAACUCAAUCCCAGCAGCACCUGCCAAGCCAGACCUCAAGGAAAUUGCCUCAAAACCCAAGCGUCAAACUGCUGCCAUAGCUGUGGAAAAACCAGCCCCUAAGGGCAAGCGUAAGCACAAGCCAGCAGAAGUUGCAGAGAAAAUCCCUGAGAAGAAGCAACGCCUGGAGGAGGCUACCACUAUCUGCCUGCUUCCCCCUUGCAUCUCACCAGCCCCACCCCACAAGCCUCCCAACGCUAGAGAAAAAAAUUCAUCCAGGAGAGCAAAUAGAAGAAAAGAAGAAAAGUUGUUCCCUCCUCCGCUUUCACCACUGCCAGAGGAUCCUCCACGUCGCAGAAACGUCAGUGGCAAUAAUGGUCCCUUCAAUCAAGACAAAAACAUCUCUAUGACUGGACAAAUCACCACUACCAAACUUAAGAGAAGUGAAGGCAAAUUCUGUGCUACUUUCAAAGGGAUAUCUGUAAAUGAGGGAGACACUCCAAAAAAGGCUGCCUCUGCCACCGUUACUGUCACCAACACUGCUAUUGCCACUGCCACUGUCACUGCUACUGCCAUUGUCACUGCCACUGUCACAGCUACUGCCACCACCACUGCCACGUCCACUACCACAACCACCACUACUACUAUUUCCACCAUCACCUCUACUAUCACUACUGGCCUUAUGGAUAGCAGUCACCUGGAGAUGACGUCCUGGGCGGCCCUGCCCCUUCUGUCCAGCAGCAGCACUAAUGUCCGGAGACCCAAGCUCACUUUUGAUGACUCGGUUCACAAUGCUGAUUAUUACAUGCAAGAAGCUAAGAAGUUGAAGCACAAAGCUGAUGCACUGUUUGAGAAAUUUGGCAAAGCUGUGAAUUAUGCCGAUGCCGCCCUCUCCUUCACCGAAUGUGGCAAUGCCAUGGAACGUGACCCCCUGGAAGCAAAGUCCCCGUACACCAUGUAUUCCGAGACUGUGGAGCUCCUCAGGUAUGCAAUGAGGCUGAAGAACUUUGCAAGUCCCUUGGCUUCAGAUGGAGACAAAAAGCUAGCAGUAUUAUGCUACCGGUGUUUAUCACUUCUGUACUUGAGAAUGUUUAAACUGAAGAAGGACCAUGCUAUGAAGUAUUCCAGAUCACUGAUGGAAUACUUUAAGCAAAAUGCUUCAAAAGUCGCUCAGAUACCAUCUCCAUGGGUAGGCAAUGGAAAGAACACUCCAUCCCCAGUGUCCCUCAACAAUGUCUCUCCCAUCAAUGCAAUGGGAAACUGUAACAACGGCCCAGUCACCAUCCCCCAACGCAUUCACCACAUGGCUGCUAGUCAUGUCAACAUCACUAGCAAUGUGUUGCGGGGCUACGAACACUGGGAUAUGGCAGACAAACUGACAAGAGAAAACAAAGAAUUCUUUGGCGAUCUGGACACGUUGAUGGGGCCCCUGACCCAGCACAGCAGCAUGACCAAUCUCGUCCGCUACGUUCGCCAGGGACUGUGUUGGCUUCGCAUCGAUGCCCAUUUGUUGUAGUGGGUACUCUCCCAUCUGUAGCUUCACGGCCCAUCACUCUACCUCUACCAGUGCACUGGCAGUCACUGGU